AUGAGCACGAAGGAAUCAAGAAAGCGAGCAGUUGUUGAUUGCAAGCAGGCUGGGAAGAAAGUGUGGCUUGUCAAGGUCCCUCGCUACCUCUCCGAGAUAUGGGAAGCCAACGCAGGUUCGGAGGUGGGAAAGUUGGUGACAACAGGCAACGGAAACAACGGGGUAAAACUUAUUUCGCGCAAGGAUCUGGUCAUCCCCGAAGGGCUGUCGACGGCCCCGUCGACAAGUAUUGCGUCGAAAAAGAUGGCGCCAGGGCCAUCCAUCCCUGAAGAGCACACGUUCAUCAUCAAAAACGACAAUGAGCAGUCGCUGGCGGUUUUGGCCGAGGACAAGGCCGGAAUGGAGGAGAGGGCGCAAAUUCAGUCGGGCAAACUAUCGAUCGAGGGAGUCGUCGUGCAGAAGGCGGAGUGCCGCCCUCCGAAUAAUCUGUCGUAUUUGAGACUGAAAAUCGGGCAGAUCGAAAAGUCUGGGCAGCCGAAGCGACAUGUUAUCCAAAUUGGAAAGGCUGCGAUGAAAUACAAGCCGAUCAGUGUGCACGCCGAAGAAGCGAACCGCAACAAGCAGAAGAAGGAGGGCAUCAAGGCUGUACGUGCUGAUCGUGAUGUUCUGCGACAGACACUGUUCCACGCUUUCGAGAAGCAUCAAUAUUACAAGCUUAAUGACCUGACGCAGCUUACGAAUCAACCCCACGGAUGGAUCAAGGAGAUUUUGAAUGAAAUUGCUGUCUACAACACGGCACCGCCACACAAGAACAUGUGGGAGCUGAAGCCCGAGUACCGGAAUUAUGAUACCCAGAAA